CUUGUUUGGGACUAAAGGCUUUGUUGUUGUUGUUAUCUAUCUACAAUAUCAUAUUAGUUUCAUUAGAUUCAUCAUAAAAUAUAUUUUCAUACUUUAUAUAGUUGAUGUUGUAGACGUGAUAUAUUUUUCUAUCGACUUGGUCAAACAUAAAGAUGUUUGACUUAGGAUAAACCUAGAACUUCAAGUAUUUUGGAAAGUAGGAAGUAGUACUCAGUGUGGAUUAGGUUCCACUUGCAAUGUUUUGAUCUUGUGUGAGCAUGCUUUUCGUGUCCAGAAAAUCGUUGGUGAAAAUGACUGGAAGUUGACACAAGAGCAUGAAAGCAGUGUGAAUAUUAUACCAUCAUGUUUUUCAGGACCGCAAGCAACUACAUACUUACAAUAUUAUGUAUCCUUGUUGUCCCUGUCACAAUCUUUGUACAGUUUUUUUUACUGUUAAAAUUGUAAAGCAGUACUAACAUAAUUAGUAAAAUUUACUAGAGAAAAGACAAAACUUUAGUCAGCCACAUAUUUUGACUUGAAAAUAGAAGUAUUGUAUGUUCUACUUACUGCAGAAGCACACAUGUUGUCUCACAUGACUGGAUAGUCCUAACCUUAUAGGUUGUCUGCAUAGGCCUCGUGGCACCAUUUUCCAGGGCUUGUUCGAUGUUGCACACUUGUACCUCAUGGAAGCCUCAAGCGUGGAAGCCAGCGCAUAUUUCACACGCAUUCGGGCAUGAGACGAGGAAAAGCUCACAGCAGCAAACCGAUGCUCCAGCAAGCGUGCCAGCUCACCAAGCUUGCCUUCACUCCAUCACUCAUCGCCGAGCUUUGUUUUGCUUGUGUAACAUCCUAUGGCUAAGGCCAGAGAAGAUAAGGAAGAGGUUGAGAAGGCAAGGUGUGAAGGGUCCCAAGCCUACUUUGCUCGAUGGGAACACCAAAGAGAUGAAGCGUAUCCGACAUGAGCUCAAGCCUAUGAAGAAGCAAGACAGCAACAACUACAUCUCCACCCUCUUCCCUCACAUCCUUGUGUGGAAGGAAACUUAUGGCUCUGUGUUCCUUUACUCGUCAGGAGGUCGGGAGAUAUUGCACGUUUCUCAGCCAGAUAUGGUGAAGGACAUAGGCCACUGGACACCAUCAGAGCUUGGGAAGCCUAAUUAUCUGAAGAAAACUCGAAAAGCCCUCCUUGGGGGAGGGUUAUUUACGGUGAAUGGUGAUGAAUGGGCCUAUCAGAGGAAGACCAUGGCACCGGAGUUCUUCAUGGACAAGAUUAAGGGUAUGAUACAGCUGAUUGAAGAUGCAACUGCUCCGCUGUUAGAAGCAUGGGAUAACAUUCUCGACAGUGCAGGAGGUAGCACAGAGAUAGUUGUCGAUGAUUAUGUGCGGAACAUCUCAGCAGAUGUAAUCGCCAGGGCUUGCUUCGGGAGUAGCUUCGCAAAAGGAGAAGAGAUAUUCUGCAUGCUCAGGAAGCUUCAAAAGGCGAUUUCUCAACAGGAUGCAUUUGUUGGACUCUCUGCACUGUGGAAGCAUCUGCCUACCAAGAGCAACCGAGAGAUACGGAAUCUGGUUGAGAGAGUCAGGCUACUGAUCUUGGAACUGGCAAAGGACAACGUGAACGAGAAUGGAGCUGAGAAUGUGGCAACUCAUAACGGUCUUCUGCGUGCGAUCAUCAAAGGCUCCCAUGGUGGUGGCCAUGGCGGCACUGCCGAGGACUUCAUCGUUGGCAACUGCAAGACCAUAUACUUUGCAGGGCACGAGAGCACGGCGGUCACCGCCAUUUGGUGUCUGAUGUUACUGGCCAAACACCCGGAGUGGCAGGAGCGCGCCCGCGUCGAUGUGCUGGAGGUUUGCCAUGCGAGGAGCACGUUGGACGUCGACGCCCUCCACCGACUGAAAAUUCUGACGAUGGUGAUCCAAGAAACUCUCCGUCUGUACCCACCGGCGUCGCUGAUGAUGCGUGAAGCCCUGACGGACAUAAAGAUUGGCGACCUGGAUGUGCCCCGUGGAACGAUCGUCCAGGUGACCAGAUCGAUGCUGCACCUGGACAAGGAAGCCUGGGGCCCCGACGCCGACGAGUUCCGCCCGGGCCGGUUCGCCAAUGGUGUGGCCGGGGCGUGCAAGCCGGCGCACAUGUACACGCCAUUUGGGCUCGGCUCCAGGACCUGCAUCGGGCAGAACCUGGCGAUGACGGAGCUGAAGGUGGUGCUGGCGCGCCUGCUGAGCAGGUUCGCCUUCUCGCUGUCGCCGACGUACCGCCACGCGCCGGUGUUCCGGCUGACCAUCGAGCCAGGGUUCGGCAUGCCAUUGGUGGUGAAGAAGCUGUGAUCACCAUCGUUGCUCAUUGACCUGCAGUCGACCAGGUUCUGAACUUGGACAGUCAACACUCACCAGGCGUGCGAGCCACAUAUAUAUACUUCAUAUGUCUCAAAAUAUAAUACGUUUUUGAGUUUUCAGACAGUCCUCAAAACAGUGUGAAUAGUCAUU